GUUGGCUUUUAGUGAAGAAGAAGAAGCCCUGGGCUGACGUCACUUGGCUGUAGUUGCCUGGAGUGAAGCGGAGGAGAGUCUCUCUCUGUUCUUCAAUGUGCGACCAGAGACCAACACGUUCAGUCACACUCUCAAUUACUGACCGGGCUCUCCAUGAAUCUCUCAAAACCAGCGCAAGAAAAAGGAAAAAAAAAACCCAACAACCCCCCCCUUCCAAAAAAAAAAAAGCAAACUAGGAAGUAAACGAACACGCCUCGCACUUUAAAGGAUUUUCAUCGAUAAGGUUUCUGUCACCGGGGCUAACCGCUGAGCUAACGUAGCAUCUCUUUCGUGUUGUCUUUCCACCCGUCGCACUGAAAAACCGCUGCCCGACGCGAAUAAGACAAGACAAGUUAGAAGUGUUUGGCUGCGAACGUGGUUGCCGGGCUUUAAACUUUGUUCACGACACAACUGUUGUCACGUUGGAAUUGUAACUUGGAGACGCGAAGAAGAACAAGAACAAGAGUUGCCUCUUUACGGACUUUCCGCAACUAGUUACCGUGACACCGGUGAUGUUCACCACCUCCGUGUCCAGGUGGAGAGAGGUGAUGUCACAGAGCUGAGGAGAGUCUCAUGCGAUAUGGAGUCACCAGCCCCGUCCUCCCUUCACAUGGCCUCCUCCUCAACCAGCUCCUCUCCUGCUCCGUCCCAGACACUCCCCUCCAAGUACAGUUCAGCCCCUAGUCCCGACGGCAGCUCCUCUCUAACCACCUGCGGUUAUUCACUGCAGAAUACUCCCGACGGGUCCAAUGGCUUUAACUCAAUCAGCCAUCCUGCUUUUGGGCUUUACGCUUCAAGUUCAGGCCGCUCCGAGUUCGGAGGUCUCGGAAGUCUUGGUUUGUCUGCCUUGGCUGCUCAAUCACAGUUCGGUACAUUUCCAAAUUGGUGGCGGCCGUCUGAGGCACAUGCCAGAGGAACAACGGCCUUCUUUCCCCCUCUUCUAGGUUUGCAUCCCGUAUUUGUAUCGGCUUUCAAGAGCCAUGAUCCUCUCGAUUUACAGUCACAUACCUCAGGUGUGAAUGGAACAGUGAAUGGUAGGGGUGCUUCAUCUCCUGCUGGGAACUCUGCUGUGAACACCAGUUCAUUUCCAGCAACGGGAAAUAAGGAGAACGCUCGAGGCGACUUGAGUCGGAGUGAAAAAAGCAGCUACGGGUUAAGCCAUCUACAUCAGAAGACUUCUCUGAAAACAAAGGAAAAGAAACUCGACAAGAAACCACCAGAGACAUCCAGCAUGAGUGGCAGCCAGUCGGGAUCCCUGUCAGAAAGCUCCAGCGAUGGCGAGGACAGCAGCAGCGACGUGGACGACAUGGAGGAGGAAGAUGAGGACAAUGAUGAAGAUGAUCAGAGCAGCGAGAGCGACGAUUCUGAUUCAGAAAAAGAGAGUCCAGUUAAAAAGAAACUCAAACGGCUGACACAGAACACUCCAGAGAGUAAAAAGAAAAGACCCUGCGCUGCUGAUGAAAAUACAAGUCAAGACAGUCACCGUGGCGGUGUCGCUUUGACUCCCUCUUAUCACCUCCAGACCUAUUCCCAACCUGCUGGCCUGCAGUCCACAGCGCUCUUUCUCCAGAGCCUGAGGGCUGCGGAAGAGGAAGGCCAGAAGCACAUCAGCGUCAUACAGGCCACGGGACUCCCAGUCAGCAACUGUGCUUUACCACAGUCCCAAAGGGAGGGUUGCCCUCAGUCCUCCAGGUCCUCCCCCAUCUCCUUCUCCAACUCGUCAAAACCCGCUUUAACGUCACCGAAGCAUUUCACUCCUUCGUCCUCACCAAAGCAUCACUCUGUAUCAUCCUCCCCUAAGCCUCUUGCUCUCUGUUUGCCAAAAAAACCCCGCUCUCUCUGUCCCUCGCCUAAACCCCCAGGUCUCUGUUCACAGAAACCUCCUUCACUCUCCUCUUCACCGAAACCAGGCUCCAAAAAGCCCUCGCAUAAACUCAGUUUUUUGAUGCCCUCGAGCAAACACGAUCAGCUUGUGGAUAGCGUUAAGGAGAGCGGUGGACAUGUCCCAGAUGAAAGCUCAACGAACUUGAAGUCUUCUAAACAGAAACAGCCCCUCCAUUGCAAGGAUUCUUCGAAGAAGGCCUUCUCUGCACGACCUAAGGGCCAAAGCUGUGACAACAACCUGUUCCUGAACCUCCACCCUAACGGAGCCAUCCACGGGGGAGUUCAGGAUGCGCCGCUGGCCCUCAUUACGAAGCCCCGCGGCCAGAGCAGCGCCCCCAGCAGCAAGCUGCUCUUCGCGGCUACCAGCCCUCCUCACCACAUCCCCAUCAACUUGAGCACUGGCGCCAAGGAGAUGUCGGGCAGCUCUGCUUCUCCGCUUAAAUCUUCUGCCUUGUCUGGACUUGUUCCCACAUCGAGGAAGACUAAGGCUGUGGACUUGGCCAGAGGCAGUGAGUCUGACAUCCACAGCAGCAAAGACUCGGACGACUCUUUAGGAGACGAUUACGACGACGAUAAUAUUGACGAUGAAGAUUCUGGCAGUAGCCUCUCAGAGUCGGAGAGCAAUCUAGAGAGCGACUCUGAUGGCUCUGAGGAUAAUGCCAAGGAGUGCGGAGAGACAGAUAGCGAUGGAGAAAGGACUCCUCAGAAAGCUGCUGAAGCAUCGUUGUCCGCUCACAAGUCCUCCUCGAACCUCUCAGCCAACUGCUCCUCGCUUAACCUGCAGAUUACCAAGCCUCCGAGUCAACCCGGCGGUUUACUCAGCCCCAGCACGAGCAGCGGGGCGCUGGGUAAACACAGCACAUCCCCAUCCUUCACGUUUGCAACAAUGCCAGGGUCAGGGAAGAGGAGGAGGGUAACGGAUGAGAGAGUCCUGCGGUUUCCUCUCGAGUUUGGGUGGCACAGAGAAACCCGAAUCAGGACUGUGGCAGGUCGCCUACAAGGUGAAGUGACUUAUUUUGCCCCGUGUGGGAAGAAACUGCGACAGUAUCCUGAUGUAAUGAAGUACUUGGUCAGGAACGGGAUAACGGAAAUCACACGGGAUAACUUCAGCUUUAGCACAAAAAUUAAUGUUGGUGACUUCUACGAAGCCAGAGAGGGACCAGAGGGUUUUCAGUGGUUCCUGCUGGCCGAGGAUGAGAUCGCUCCCAGCAUCAUUGCGAUGGACGGGAGACGCAGUCGUCGCACAAAGUCCGAGCACCUGUCGUCAGCUGAUGGCAUCGGGGCCAGACUGUGGAAGUCUCAUCCCCUGAACGUUGGUGAAAAUAACUUCCAAGAUGAUCCCAAGCUGCUGCGUAAACUGGAGGCUCAGGAAAUAGCUCGACAGGCAGCUCAGAUCAAAAUGAUGAGAAAACUGGAGAAGCAGGCCAUGGCGCAAGCAGCCAAGGAGGCAAGGAAGCAACAAGCAAUGAUGGCUGCUGAAGAAAGGCGGAAAAAGAGGGAGCAGAUGAAAAUUCUUAAACAGCAAGAGAAGAUCAAGCGCAUUCAGCAAAUUCGUAUGGAGAAAGAACUCCGUGCACAGCAAAUUCUCGAGGCGAAGAGAAUGAAAAAAGAAGCAGCAGCUAAUGCCAAAAUACUGGAAGCUGAGAAACGAAACAAGGAGAAAGAGAUGCGCAGGCUUCAAGCUGUCAUACUAAAGCACCAGGAGUUGGAGAGGCAUAGGCUAGAUAUGGAGAGGGAGAGACGCAGGCAGCACAUGGUACUCAUGAAGGCUGUGGAGGCCCGGAAGAAAGCCGAGGAGAAAGAGCGCCUGAAGAAAGAGAAAAAGGAUGAGAAGCGGUUAAACAAGGAAAGGAAGCUAGAGCUCAGAAGACUGGAACUGGAAAAAGCGAAGGAGCUGAAGAAGCCAAAUGAAGACAUGUGUUUAGCAGAUCAUAAGCCACUCCCAGAGUUGCCCCGAGUCCCAGGUCUAGUCCUGCCAGGAAACACCUUCUCUGACUGCCUGAUGGUGUUGCAGUUUCUGCACAGCUUUGGAAAGGUCCUGGGACUGGGCUUCAGUGCAAACAUGCUCACAAUAAGUGACCUUCAGGAGGGCUUGCUCAAUGUUGGGAACAAUAUGGGCAAAGUGCAGGACCUGCUGGUGAGCAUGCUCUCUGCAGCUGUGUGUGAUCCCGGCAUACCUGCAGGUCACAAGAGCAAAACGAUCUUGGGGGACCACUUGACUAAUGUGGAGAUCAACCGAGACAAUGCGUCAGAGAUUUUACAGCUGUACAUGGAGGCUCGCUGUGAACAGACAGAAGUGGCCGCUCUGGCUGUCAGCCUCAGAACUAAAGCUUUUCAGGCCCACAGUCCCUCACAAAAGGCCUCUAUGCUGGCGUUCCUGGUCAAUGAGCUCUGCUUCAGUAGGGCUGUCAUCAGUGAGAUUGACAAAAACAUCGAUUACAUGACCAACCUGAGGAAGGAUAAGUGGGCUAUCGAACGAAAGCUUCGCAAACUGAGGACCAUCCAUGCCAAGAAGACGGGAAAGAGAGACAGCUGUGUGGGAGGAGAGAACAACAACACCUUUGUCGUCUCCACUGUCAGAGACAAAUGCAAGAGGAAAGACGGGGACAGCGAGGAAGAAGAGGACGAGGACGACGACAGCGAAGACCAAGACGAGGAUGACGAGGAGGAGGAGGAAUCGGCGGGAAAGAAAGGGAAGAAAGCAGAUCUGUGUGAAGAGGAGGAUGACAGCGUACACUCAGACAGCAUCGAGGACCUGGAGAAACAAAUUGAAAAGACAUACAGGCAACAGAGUCAAAUCAGAGAGAAGCUCUUUGACUCCUCUCACUCACUGCGCUCCAUGAUGAUUGGACAGGACAGAUACAAGAGGCGCUACUGGGUCCUUCCACACUGCGGUGGCAUCUUCGUUGAAGGCAUGGGGAGCGGUGAAGGUUAUGAAGAGGUGGAGAUGGAGAGUCAACAGGCUGCGGAGGAGAUCAGGGUAAAAGAGGAGCAGCUAGAAGAGACGAGGGAGCCGGAGAUCUCCGGUCUAGCACAGAACAAAGACGGUGACGCAGCCACGGCAGAGUGCCAGCAGGACAGAGACAACCUCUUCCUCCAAAAGCCCGGCUCCUUAUCUAAGCUCAGCAAACUCCUCGAAGUAGCCAAAAUGGCCCAAGAUCUGGACAUCAAUAUCCAGAAAAGUCACGCUGCUGCGUUUUAUCCCCCGUAUCCUACCUCACAGUCAGUCGCUACGCAGCAGGGACUGAUGGAUAAAACAGAUACUUCGGUUCCCUCUCUGCUCAGCGCUGCGCAGCUCAAAACAAGUCACUGGAUGACCCGCAGCCCUCAGUCUCUCUUUCAUUAUGACCAGCUGUCCAAGAUACUGACUGAAAAAAGCAACCAGUGGUUUAGCCUCUUGCCUCGCUCUCCUUGCGACGAGUCCGUGGUGACCUGCGGUUCCAGUCCUUCAGCUUCCUUCUCUUCUCCGCAACCUGUCAGGACCAAAUCCCCCUCCUACCUCUGCCCUAAUCCCUUAGCUCCAGCUAGCUACAACACCAGUGCUGGGAUCAAUAAUGUGCAGACGCCUAUCCUUCAGCAAGUAAAGUCUGGCAUUCAUCAGAGCAGACUGACACUGUGUGACGUGUUGAGCUCAGGGACAAGUCCCAGCCUGCCCUUCUCUAACACUUCUCUACCCCCCGUGCUGCAUCGAGCCCCCCAGCAUGCGGAGGGUAAUGGAAACAAGGUCCUCUUUCUGGCAAAGAACAACUCAGUCAACAAGAGUGAGACCCCAGAGCCCCUGAGUGACAAACCCACUUGUGUCUCAUUCCCUGCUGUGGAGGUGGCCAAGACCCAGGACUACACUUGUCCUCAGCCUAUCCCAGAGGAGAUGCUACAUGGCUGGUGGCGAGUGUCAGACAUGGAGACCCUGCACAGUCUGGUCAAGACCCUCCACUGCCGAGGCAUCAGGGAGAAGGUCUUGCAGAAACAGAUCCAAAAACACAUGGAGCACAUGACCCAGCUCUGCUCCGACAGCAAAGACGCAGUUGAUAUGAAUGAGCGGGAGGAGAAGGAGUUUAGUGAAGCGACAGUGGAGAGCUGGUGUGUUGAGGAGCAGGCCAUGGAGGUGGACAUUGCACUGCUGAGGCAGGUAGAAGCUCUGGAGAGAAAAGUCAUCUCUUCCAGCCUGCAGGUCAAGGGUUGGAUGCACCCUAAACCCCAAUCAGACAGUAACCACCUGAUCUAUCAUGAGCACAAGCCCUUCUCCUCCCUGGAUCUCAACAACAAAGGUCAUAGAGAAACCAGCCAGGAGGACCUCUGUGGCUCUGUGGUGCGGCGGCCCGACAAUCCACUCGACAUAGCAGUGACCAGGCUGGAGGAGCUGGAGAGAAACAUCGAGCGAAGCAGUGAGGAGGAGGUGGCUCCCGGGAUGAGACUGUGGCGCAAAGCCCUCGGCCAAGUCCGCAGCUCGGCUCAGCUGUCGCUCUGCAUCCAGCAGCUGCACAAAUCCAUUCCCUGGGAACGAGCCAUAAUGAAAGUGCACUGCCAACUCUGUCAAAAGGGAGAUAAUGAGGAACUGCUCUUACUCUGUGAUGGCUGUGACAAAGGCUGCCACACUUACUGCCACAGUCCCAGGAUCACAACGGUACCUGAUGGAGACUGGUUUUGUCCUAGUUGCGUAAAAAAGGAAAGUGGUCAGUCCCCUUGGAGUAGGAAGCACCAGAGCAGAACAGCUGAAGAAGGGAAGAAAGCCAGUGAGGUAAAACGAAAUGGUAAGCCAUCUGUGGUGGGAGAGCUCAUCAGCGAGGAGGAUGCCAGCAGCUACAGCGUGCCAAAGAAAGGUACCAAGGAGUUCAAAAAGAGGAAAGGAGACGACAGCCCUCCCAGGUCCCAGGCCAAAUAUGACAGCCCCGUCUCCUGCGCGAAAAAAGCCAAAGCGCCCAAGGAUGACAAGAAUGGGCUGGCAAUGUGUCGAGUGCUGCUGGCUGAGUUGGAGGCCCAUCGGGAUGCUUGGCCCUUCCUCACACCAGUCAACCACAAAGCCGUCCCUGGGUACAGAAAAGUAAUCAGGAAGCCCAUGGACUUCUCCACCAUCAAGGAAAAGCUCACCAACAACCAGUACUUAAAUUUGGAGACUUUCAUCAUCGACGUGAACCUGGUUUUUGAUAACUGCGAAAGAUUCAAUGAGGACGACUCCGAAAUCGGCCGAGCCGGUCACAGUAUGAGGAGGUUCUUCGACAAACGAUGGACUGAACUGCUGCAAUAAGGGUUCCAGUGUGGACACUAGUCUCUACAUAUCAGACUUGGUCUUUGCUUGUCGGAGGCCUUCUCUUCACCUUUGACACUAAAUCAGUACAAAGUUAGGAUAACCCGGUGUGAAAGGACAAACUCCUGGUCUGUCUAGUGUUGGAGAAAAAACACUUUGUAUUUUCAAGUGCAAUAUUGUUUAUCAAAACACACUGACUCUGUCAACAUUGGGAAUCAGAUCCUCUGUAGAUACAUAAUUGUGUUUAUUUUAAUCAUCAAAACCAUAUAGUUUUGUGUACGUGUAUUUAUUUAUUAUUAAAAGUCAGACGGUGGCAUACAGCUUUAAAAGAAAUCAAAAGAUUAUUUUAUGGACUAUUGGUUUAAAUCCAAAAAAAAAAAAAAGAAGAAGAAUUGUUUACAGCUUUCAGAUGCUUAAGGUGCGAGCAGGACUGCUAUUCAUCCGCUUUGUGUAUUUGUUGUGUAAAAUACAAAGAAGGAUCCCUGACUGGCAGAGUUGAUUCUGUAACGUUUGAGUCUUAUUUAUUACAUGUAUAGUGUGUACUUACGGAGCAGUACACAGUUGAAGAUUGUGUCAUUGCGUAAGUGUGAUCGUAGCACUUGAUAUGUCUGAAUAUCCACUGAAAACACUCCUCAGUAUUGCAGUGCCUGACCUCUGAGGAGGAUGUUUUUCCAUAUGCACUGCGUUUCCUGCACACUAUACAGAAGGAAACAAGCUGUAUAUAAAAAAAACAAAAACAAAAAACAAAACAAAACAAAAAAACUUUCCUUUGAAUUGACGUGGUGCAUAUAGUGUUUUUCAUCUCCAGGCAUUUCCUUCAGCCAGAGCCGUGUCAGACAUCCUGCAGACGUGAAACCCUGCUCUGGGCUUUAAUCCAGCUGGGACAGUGUCAUGGUCCACUGGAGGCGUCUCUGGACAGCUCAAGUCAGAAGACUUCGAGUAACUGUAUUUUAUUAGGAAUAUUGUGAAAUGAGUAGCAACUUUUGUAGGAAUAUUAUUUUUAAAUAGUGGAUGUGUGGACGGAUAAAAUAAACCUGUUUUUCAAGACGAUUAA